AUGAAGAGCAUGUGGUUAUGGCGCUUCCUGCCCUUGGCGCUAUUAUUUCUGCGAGUAUUCGCUCUCGAAGCCAAGGGACCUGACGAUGAUCAAUAUCCACUCACAGACGUCGCCCGGGGGUCACAAUACCCCCCUGGCGAGACCUCUAACUCCGAUGCUCCUCCAAAUGAGCACGUCCAAGAUGCGCUCAAGACGCUCCGCGAAGCUAAGAUACCCGUGGCUACACCCGCAGGAAAGCCGUCCGGUGUUCUCGGCUACACCUGGUAUUACGCCCAAGAAGCCUUUCGAAUCCUAUUCAUGAACGGACCCCCGUCAAGUAGUAGCGCGCGAAAACAUAUCCACCCGAGUAUCGCCAAAGCUGUCGAUGAACUCACGAUUGCGGCGGUAGAGGAUCACGACCCCGAUGCGAUGUUCCUACUCGCGGAAAUGAACUUCUACGGCAAUUUCUCCUACCCUCAGGACUUUAAGCAGGCGUUUCACUGGUAUGAGAGCUUGGCCAUAUGGGAUGGAAACAGUACGGCGCAGUACAUGCUCGGUUUCAUGUACGCUACGGGGAUUGGCGGCGGGGUUGAACGCGACCAAGCCAAGGCGUUAUUAUACCACACCUUUGCCGCGGAGGCGGGGAAUACCAAGUCGGAAAUGACCCUCGCCUAUCGAAACCACGCCGGUAUUGGUACUCCUAGGAACUGCGACGAAGCAACCUUUUACUACAAGCGCGUGGCGGAUAAAGCUAUUGAGUACUAUCGAUCUGGGCCACCUGGUGGCCACGGUAUUGCUCGUGACUCAUACCGCUGGGCUGACGAAGAGGGUGGCGUCUACGGUCAAGGUGCUAGUGUAUCUAGUUCCGGCCCCAAUGCGCUGCGUGGUAGCUCAGCUGUUACCGAGGCCAGUCUUGAAGAUGUACUCGAAUACUUGGAUCUCAUGUCUCGAAAAGGCGAAGUAGCAGCGACAUUGAACCUAGGAAAGAUGUACUAUGAUGGUGGCAGAGGCCUCUCCAAGAACUAUAAAAAGGCAAUGAGGUAUUUCAAGCAGGUGACAAAACGAUACUGGAAUAAGGAUGGUUCGCUCAAUCCGAACCACCCCGUUGGGAUCGAGAAAGCAGCCGCCAAAGCGGCCGGUCAUAUUGGCCUCAUGUAUCUACGCGGUGAAGGCGUAGACCAAAAUUUCGAUACCGCUUAUGCCUGGUUCAAACUCGGUUUAGCCAACGGAGAUUCGCUCUGUCAGCAUCAAAUCGGGCUCAUGUUUCUGCAUGGUUACGGAAUGCAGCAAGAUGCUUUCAAAGCGUCGUCUUACUUCAAAGCGGCAGCCGAUCAAGAUUUCCCAGCGGCCGAAACCCGACUGGGCGCUUUGUUCCUUGAUCAAGGUGAUGUUGUGACAGCUACGAAAUAUUUCGAGCUGGCUGCACGUUGGGGAUGGAUGGAAGCAUUCUAUUACCUAGCGGAGCUGGCCAACAGCGGUGUUGGGCGGCAGAGGCAUUGUGGACUCGCUGCGUCUUAUUAUAAGAUGGUCGCGGAGAAAGCAGAAAUUAUCCACUCCUCCUUCACUGAGGCAAAUGAUGCAUACGAGAGCGGUGACAAAGAGGGAUCAUUUAUUCCAACUCUCAUGGCCGCCGAACAGGGGUAUGAGAAUGCCCAGGCGAAUGUUGCCUUUAUUCUCGACGAGCAGCGCUCAUUACUACCACUGGAGAAAAUCCUCCCUGGGGCGAAGAAACCUCGGCCGUCAUUACUACGAAAUGCUGCUUUAGCUCUUAUCCAAUGGACUCGUUCAGCUAAACAGGCGAAUAUAGACUCUCUGCUCAAAAUGGGCGACUACUACCUGAGCGGGACUGGCAUCGCCAUUGAUGCCGAGAAGGCGUCGACUUGUUACCACACGGCCGCUGAAGCUCAUUACAGUGCGCAGGCGUAUUGGAAUCUUGGCUGGAUGCAUGAAAAUGGGAUUGCUGUUGAGCAGGACUUCCAUAUGGCCAAGAGAUACUAUGAUCUUGCGUUGGCGACAAACCAUGAAGCAUACUUGCCUGUUAAGCUGAGCUUGCUGAAACUUCGGGCACGGAGUGCGUGGAACAGCUUCACCAAUGGAAAGAUCAACUCCAUUAGAGAAGAUGAUGAACAAAAGCCCCGCCGUACCUUUAGCGAAUGGGUCGCUGCAUUCAUUGAAAACGAUGAAGAGCAAGAUGCUGCUUAUCGCGCACAGCUGUAUAAACAGGGGGAAGCGGACGAGGAUGAUAUGUUAUCAGGAGACUACCAUGACCACGAUGAUGGUUAUUAUGACGACCUCGAGCUUGACCUUGACGAAAGCGUUUUGGAGGGUCUUAUCAUUUUGUCCUUGGCUGCAACUCUCAUGGUGUUGGUGUACCUGCGACAGCAACGGAAUAAUCGCCAGAGACCAAAUGAUAACCAGAAUGCCAACGCAGCCGGACAGGCUAACGGGAACGACCGGGGCUUCUUCCCUCGUCCUGGAGAACCCGAGUUUGCUCAAUGGGUGGCUGGAGGAUUUUUAACGAUUGGUAUCACGAUGUAUUCUUUCACCCCCAAUGCCAAACGCCGCCGUCUCGCACAGGCAUCAACCGCCCUCUCCAAACCAUUCAAGUCCCCUCUCCGCAGACCAACACCGACAGUGAAAGAGGAAAAGACGACGCCCAAACUGGAAGAAUCAGAGAAAUCCGAUACAUCUUCUAUCAAACCCAACGAAUCUACCAUGGAAAAUACCCAAGCUCCAUUCCCUACACCCCCUUCAACUAAGCAAUUGCCCACGCCCCCGCAUAACCGCAAAAGACCAUCCCUCGGACAACGCGGCCUUACAACUAGAAAGCCCGUGCCCACCGAUCCAGAGGUCGCAAAUCUCCAGAAACAACAGCGUGAAAUACAGACACGCUUGUCGAAUCUGCGAUCUGAACUUGAUACCGUCCAGCAGGCUCUGCGGAUCGAAUCCUCGAAUAAAGAGGAGGAGCUGCAGGCGUUGAUUUCCAAGUGGAAGAAGGUGAGCCAAGAUGCAGCAGAAGAGGUAUUUUCUGGUGCGCAGGAGCGAAUCUCGCGAAUGGGUGGGGUCAAGGCGUGGCGCGAGCGGAUGAAGAAUGAUGAGGCAAGGUGGGAGCAGGAGGAAAUAGAGACUUGGUUUGGGAAUGUCGAUGCGGAGGGACUGGAUAUUGAUGAUGAAGAAGUGAGGGAGAGAAAGGAGGAGAUGAGCCGGAAAAUUGAGGAGGAGAAGGAGAAAAAUAAGAAAGCUGCUGCUAAGGAACAGGAAGAUGAACCUGAGGACUUUACUAUGGAUAUGAUGUUAAAGACGCUCAACAUUGACUUGAAGUCUAUCGGGUACGACAAGGCUGACCAGAGGUGGAUUAAGGGAUAA